UUCCGCCAAGCCGGGGCCGCCCAAGCCCGCCCCGCCGCCGGACUAGCGUCUCUGCCCGCAUGGCGGCUUCCAACCGGCGGCUGCCAUGAACGGCGACCGCAGCCCCGCAGGAAGGGAGACUCCCGCCGCCGCCGCCGCGCGACUCCCGGCGUCCCUGAGGAGGCGCCACCCGGGCGGCCGCAGGCAUGGAGCGAUCCUCAAGGAUGAUGUUUGCAGGGAUUCGUGCUUCCAUUUUGAUUUGUGGUUUUAUUUCACUCUGCAAAACUGGGUCCUGGACUUUGGCCGGCCCAUUGCCAUGAUCGUGCUUCCCCUGGAGUGGUUUCCCCUGAACAGACCCAGCGUGGGGGAUUAUUUUCACAUGGCCUAUAAUAUCAUCACACCCUUUAUUCUCCUGAAGCUGAUGGAGCGCUCUCCCAAGGCUCUUCCCCGGUCCAUGGUGUAUCUCUGCAUCAUCGUAUUCGUCAUGGGGGCCAGCAUCCACCUGGUGGGCGACUCUGUCAAUCACCGGCUGAUCUUCAGCGGCUACCAGCUCCACCUGUCCGUCCGAGAGAAUCCAAUCAUCAAAAAUCUCAAGCCGGAGACUCUGAUCGACUCCUUUGAACUGCUGUACUAUUACGAUGAGCACCUGGGCCAUUCCAUGUGGUACAUCCCCUUCUUUCUCAUUCUGUGCAUAUAUUUUUCUGGCUGCUUCAUACCCUGCAAAGAACAACAGCCGAGAAUCCCUGUGGCUGCUUUACUCCUCAUUGGGCCCAGCAGCCUCUAUUACUGGUACCUGGUGACGGAGGGCCAGAUCUUCACCCUCUUCAUCUUCACCACCUUCGCCCUGGUGGCCCUGGUGAUGCACCAGAGGCGGAAGGGCCUCGUCAUGGACAGCAACGGCCGCUUCCUCUUUUACUCCUUCCUCCUGGCACUGGGGCUGGUGGCCCUCUGGAUCGGCUGGCUCUGGAACGACCGGAUCCUCCGGAACAAAUACCCCGGCAUCAUCUACGUCCCUGAACCCUGGGCCUUUUACACCUUGCACUGGAGGGAUCUGCCCUCCACGAAGGCCGAGAGCUUUUGAUGCGGUGGCUGCUAUGUUAUUUUGGGGGGGCACGGGGUCCUUUGGGCGAGCCAGCAGGGUUUGGGGUGGUGCCCCGCAGAGCCCAGAGAAGGGAGGCUCAGCGUUCCUCCCGUCCACGGCUGUUAUGCCCAGAGGAGCCUGAUUCUGCGCGUGGAUUCAUUUGGAAGCAGGUUCUCCCAAACCGGGGCCUCCUCCCAAAUCAAUCUUCACUGGGAGCCCUAGACUAGAACGAGGGCUGCGGGAAGACCCCUUGGAACCCGAACGAGAAUCUACCCAAUCUGCUGAUCUGACAUUCCUUUUGUAUUUGGGUUUGUAUUUUUCCCCAUGGUU